AUGAGAAGUCUUCUGAUAACAAACGUCUUGGUUUUCUUCCUUGCAACCACUCAUUCUAUCAUUGUCUCGCGGCGCUAUUCCACAAAAGUGGAAUUUGAUAAUGAAGAGACAAAGAACGACCUUUUAGGUGAAUACAAAGCUAGAUCGUUAUGUAUGUGUUCUGCGAAGUGUCGGAAGGACUGCCGCUUCUUUGGAUACAAUAAUAACCUGAAACUUUGCCGUGUCUACAGGAAGGUUUACACCACACAAAAGUCUAACAUGGAGAAUGGAUGGAGAUACUUUUUCAAUAAUUUUCUCCCGUUAGAUUGUUCGGACUUGAGAGAAGAUGGUCACACUACUUCCGGAGUGUAUGAUAUUUAUCCCUAUAGCACCGGCGCCCAUCCAAUCAGAGCUUACUGUGACAUGGGGACAAUGAAUGGUGGAUGGACGGCAAUCCAAAAACGAAUAAAUGGAUUCCAGAGCUUUGACCAGAAAUGGCCGGAAUAUAAAAAUGGAUUUGGUGAUCCGGAGCAGGACUACUGGAUCGGAAAUGAUGUGAUCCAUCAGCUAACAAAGAGAAAGAACUCACGUCUUUAUGUUUCUAUCAGUCUUACGGACGGGAGGACACUAUUUGAGCUGUACGAUCGAUUUUCUGUCUCAAAUGAAACAGAAAAAUACAAACUAUUUCUAGCAGGAAAACCAAGUGGAACAUUGGGUGACAGUAUUUUUAAAACCGGAACCAAUGGUGCCGAUCUUUCAGGGAUGUUUUUCUCUACCCCCGGCACAGAUAACGAUAGGUCGAUCAAGGGUGUCUGUACCCAACAUUGUAGAUGUGGGUGGUGGAUGAACGACUGCUAUAACGCCUGCCUCAAUGGUCCUUGGUCCACCAAAGCCUGGCAAGCUCCCUGGGCGCCUGCAGUCAUGUCCGGGAAAUCUGUGACAGGGACGAAAAUGAUGAUAAGGCGUCAUUAG